GCUCACGGCACAUCACGCAGGAGGGCGAUUUACACUGUCACUCUUCUUUACUCUCUUCCUCUCUGCUUCUUAAAGUGACUGAACUAGUCUCUUAGUCUUGAUGCUCAAGUCGCGGACACUGGGUGCAGUCUGAAACUCUUUUAGUUCUGUGAGAGGAAAGCAAUGUGGAUUGAAGUUUUAACAAUGUGUUGGUGCUGUGGAGGAAAGAAAAGACUUUCUUUGACUUAUUAAUGGAGACAGAGCUGAUUAAAACAAGAGCGAUUAUUCUGGGCAUCCUUCCCACUCCUUCGCUCUCUUUUAAUUAUCUUUAACUCAGAUUUAUCUCACAAAAAGAAGAAGAAGAAGAAGAAGAAGAAGAAGAAGAAGAAGAAGAAGAAGAAGAAAUGAUGGGGAGAAGGACACAAGCUGUGCUAUAGAAGCUGAUGACAGCUAAAUACAGAUACAAGUGAAAUGAAACAGCGCAGGAAAUUACAGAUCUGCCUCAGGAAGCAACCAAACACAGGGAUCCUGAAAGUGGACAACCUCUUUACAGAUACAGAAUGAGUGGAGUUAACUUGUGUUUUAGUUGCCUGGGAUGUCUUUACAAUCCAAGAAGGCAAUCCCCCCCAGCAUGCCCAAUGCUAUGUUCCUCCUGAUGCUGUGCAAGAUUGGUCUGAGAAGGCAACUGCAGACUACUCCAGAGAAAAUGGUAAACACUUCUCACGGUGAUGAGGAAAAAGGAAUUCAAGACAAGGAAAGCAAGGAGGAAACCAUUUUGGCCAUGCUAGGCAUUAUUGGGACUAUCCUCAACUUGGUUGUUAUCAUUUUCGUGUACAUCUACACAACGCUGUAAACUACAGUACUGCUGUGAGGAGCAGGAGUACAGAACGUCAUAAUGGGUCAUUCCAAAAUGUUCAGUCUGGGAAUUCACAUUCCAGAAUGCCAGAAAGAUCACAGACAUCUCAGACUGUAUGGACAAUACCAUGUUUGUAUCCCCCAGAGGCUCAAAAGAAGACUGUGGUGCAGUGAUUCCCUUACUUUCUGCAUCAGAGGACAUCAAUGAGAACUUUUGUAAAUAUUUACUACUUUCUCCGAUGUUUGAUCAGCAUUUACAUGCUUGCAAGAAAGAGUGGAUACAGGAAUUUCUGUGUAUAGUACAGUUCAAAAAAUGUUUGAGAAAACUGGUGUGAUGUUAAUGAAAUGAGUUGAUGUACAUGAAUUUUUCAUGCACUCCUUUCAGGAAUGUGCAAAUUUUACACUAACUGGCUUGAGGUUAUGUUUUUGUCUUUUUACAAGUAUGUUGUUAACCUUUUAAAUUAAAUCCUGUCACUUGGUAGUGUUAUAAUGAAAGUUUUUUUUAAUCAGUUCAGGAUAUUUGAUAUACCAUUUAUAACGAUAUGUUUAUGAUAAUAUCUUGCAGUACCUCAAGUUUGGCCCUGAAGAAGCUCAAUGUUCUGAACUGAAGCUCAGUUCUACAACUGAAUUCAACAAAUUUCAGCAGAAACAGAGUGGCACAUUUAUU